AUGUUCCGUGGAUCAUUGCUAUGGCCGAUGACGAUCGCUAUCAUGAUGAUGCUUGCUCAGCAAUUAUCAGGUAUCAACGUAGCGAUGUUCUACUCGACGGUAAUUUUCAAGCAGGCUGGUCUUAGCAACGAAAGUGCCGUUUAUGCAACAAUUGGCAUGGGUACGGUAAAUGUGAUCAUGACCGUCAUUUCUGUAUGGCUGGUUGAUCACCCGAAAUUCGGUCGUCGUUCACUGAUGCUUAUUGGUAUGAGCGGCAUGUGGAUAGCAACCAUUCUGCUUGUGGUUGCCCUUUCACUGAGUGCUGGUGGUCACCAGUGGGCCAGUUAUGGCGCUAUCGUGUUCGUACUGAUGUUCGUCAUCUCGUUCGCCACCGGACCAGGCUCUAUCCCGUGGUUCUUCGUAUCUGAGAUUUUCUCAUCCAGCGCUCGAAGUAAUGCGAAUUCGAUUGCUGUGAUGGUCAACUGGACAGCUAACUUGAUAGUUGGACUCACAUUCCUUUCGCUCAACAAUGCCCUCGCCCAAUACUCGUUCCUUGUAUUCACCGCAUUUCUCACAUUCUUCAUCUUCUUCACAUGGCGAUUUGUACCAGAAACCAAAGGAAAAAGUGUCGAAGAGAUCACUGCAUCAUUCGAUAGUCGAAAGCGCUAA